GCCCAUGGAGGGACUCUGGUUCACAGCAGGUCCCACUUGGCCCAGGUGCCAUCUGGCCCAAGGCGCAUCCUGCCAGCCUCGGCCAUGCAGUGGGGCUGGGGCAGCUGGACACUUGUAGGCAGCCAAGGCAGCAGUGGUUUCUUCCGGCUGGUCUGUGGUACUGAUGGGGACCUUCAUGCGCAGCCCUGGUCCUGGCCCACCCCACACCUGCCUCCACCAGAGCAGCCCAGCUCUGGAGCAGCUGGGACCCCUGUGCACAGCCCUGGCCCAUGCCCGUCUUUUGACCACGCACCCACAGUGAGCUGUGGCCAGGCAGAAGCUGCUGCUGGGUGCAGAGGAGAAGUGGCUGUCUCCCCCUCGCCACUGGCAGCUGUUCUUGCUGUAGCUGCCUGGAGCCCACACCUGGGCUGCCCUGUGGAUCCUCUCCGCCGCUGUCACCGCCACUUCUAGGCCGCCCAACAAGUUCAACAUGGCAGACGCAAUGCAGGCAACCUCUGAGGUUGAAACAUCUUAUUCUGAGAAUAUUGAUGCUAAGUUACUUUUUCUACCUGAAAAACUGAGGGAAAGACUGCUCCCUUUCCAGAAGAAAGGCAUCAUAUUUGCACUUGAGAGAAGUGGCAGGUGUAUGAUUGCUGAUGAGAUGGGGUUGGGGAAGACAAUUCAAGCAAUUGCCAUUUCUUACUACUAUGACAAGGAAUGGCCUCUUUUAAUAGUAGUCCCUUCAUCUCUACGGUACCCUUGGAUUGAAGAGAUGGAGAAAUGGAUUCCUGAACUCUGUCCAGACGAUCUUAAUAUUAUUCAGAACAAAACUGACAUUGGGAGAAUAUCGACCAGCAAAGUGAUUGUUUUGGGUUAUGGCUUGCUAACUACAAAUGCACAGACAUUAACAGAUGCUUUGUACAAACAAAACUUCAAGGUGGUAAUAGUUGAUGAGUCUCACUAUAUGAAAUCUAGAAAUGCAACCCGUAGCAAGAUUUUGUUGCCAAUUGUCCAGAAAGCUGUACGAGCCAUUCUCCUCACUGGAACACCUGCUCUAGGAAGACCCGAAGAGCUUUUCAUGCAGAUUGAAGCACUUUUUCCAAGAAGAUUUGGAACAUGGAGUGAAUAUGCAAAAAAGUAUUGUGAUGCUCGUGUCAGGUUUUUUGGUAAAAGAGCUCAGUGGGAUUGCAGAGGGGCUUCAAACUUGGAUGAGUUGCACCAGCUGUUAAGUAAUAUAAUGAUCAGACGCCUAAAGAAUGAAGUUUUAACUCAGUUGCCUCCCAAAAUUAGACAGCGUAUUCCUUUUGAUCUCCCAGAUGCUGCUGCAAAGGAAUUGAAUGCCAGUUUUGAAGAUUGGGAGAAAUUAAUGAGGUCUUCAGAUUCAGAUGCCACUGAAAGUCACUUUGUUCAAAUCAUGGGUCUAAUUACACGCAUGUAUAAACAGACUGCCAUUGCCAAGGCUGGAGCAGUAAAAGACUACAUCAAAAUGAUGCUUGAGAAUGACAAACUUAAGUUUCUGGUUUUUGCUCACCACUUAACCAUGCUCCAGGCUUGUACAGAGGCAGCCAUAGAAAACAAGGCUCGGUACAUUCGAAUUGAUGGAAGUGUUCCUUCAGCAGAAAGAAUACAUCUUGUUCAUCAGUUUCAGAAGGAUCCAGAUACCCGUGUAGCCAUUCUGAGCAUUCAGGCUGCUGGUCAAGGUUUAACUUUUACUGCUGCCACUCAUGUUGUGUUUGCUGAAUUAUACUGGGACCCUGGACACAUAAAGCAAGCCGAAGACAGGGCACAUCGAAUUGGACAAUACAGUUCUGUAAAUGUGCACUACCUUAUUGCAAAAGGAACAUUAGAUCCCCUCAUGUGGGCAAUGUUAAAUCGCAAGGCCAAAGUUACAGGCAGCACAUUGAAUGGUAAGAAAGAGAAAUUACAGGCUGAAGAAGGUGAUAAAGAAAAGUGGGAUUUCUUGAGUUUUGCUGAAACAUGGACCCCAAAUGAAAGUCUUGAAGAGAUGAAGAAUGAAGUUUUAUUCAGUCAUUUUGAAAAAGAAAAACAGCAUGACAUUCGUUCCUUCUUUUCACCAAAAUCUUCCACUGAAAAAAAACGCAAAAUGUCCUCUUGUGAGACAUUACGGGAUUUUACUUUAGAAUCUUCUACAAUCCGUCUGAGAGAGGACACAGAGGAGAGCAGUGGGGAAGGCGACUCCAGCAAAAUAAUUGACGUAGAUGCAAUUUGUCAUGAAAAUGGCUGUGAGCGUGAAGCAAAAAGGCCAAGAUCUCUAGGUGUAGCUACCCAAAGCAGUUCCAGUAAGAAAAUGAGUAAAUCAUUGUCUGAGAAAACAAACUCUUUAUUUGCAGAGGAAAUCAAUCAAGGACCCUCUGGCAGUUCCCUGUGCAAGUCAAGCAAAAGCCCAGCAUCGGACAGUGUCUGGUGUUGUACUGUUUGCACUUACACUAAUAAUGAAUUAUUACCUUAUUGUGAAAUGUGUGAUUGCCCUCGAAAUGAUGAUGUUAAAAAGAAUAUAGAUCAGAGUAACCCUCUGUCUACCCAGAAUGAAGGAGAAAAUGCAUCAAAGAACUCUAGAAAAUGCAAAGAUGCAGUGGUAUGCAAUACAGAUGAUAAGAGGGAAGACCUUGUACAAACAGCAAAGGAGCCAUCUGAUAAAAAUGUGGAAGAGGUAGCCAAUGCAGUUGAAAACGAAUCUGAAGAGAGUAAUCAAAAGCUUAAAGAAGAACCCACAGACAACUCAGGUACUUUUUCAGCAUAUGAUGGGCUCAUGUUCUGUGCAAGCAGGAAUACUGACAGAAUUCAUCUCUACACAAAGGAAGGAGAACCACUAAACUGUAAUUUCAUUCCAUUGGAUAUAAAAUUGGAUAACUGGGAGGAUUUACCAGAGAGUUUCCAGCAAAAACAAAAUCGUUUUUUGAUUUUGAGGUUUGUGAGAGAAUGGAGUAAUCUAACAGCCAUGAAGCAGAAAAUUAUCAGAAAAAGUGGUCAGAUCUUUCGGAGCCCCAUUCUUGUUGCAGAAGAGCUGUCUAAACAGCAGGCCAGGCUUAGCAGCACAAAAAGGUACGUGACAAAAGAAGAUGUUGCAGUUGCUUCACUAAGCAAAGCGAACAGUAGUGGGGGGAGUGUACGUAUGGUUUCAAAGGAAGCUACAUUUAACCUGAAAACUGAAGCUACUUCUGUGGGAGAAAAAGAUGGCCCUUCAACAAAGUUGCUUUUGGAAGAUGGAAAAGACUCUCCAGUUCUUAAUUUAGUCUCUGCUCAGGCUGAAGUUGAGGAAGAUCCUUCCAUAAAGAAAGGCUAUUUGCAGGCUGUAGAUAAUAAAGGGAAUCCUCUUUGUCUAAAUUGUCAACAUCCAACAGUCCAGCUUGACCAACACUGCAAAUCCAGUGAUUGGGACACAAGAUUUUGCUCGCAUGCAUGCCAAGAAGACUUCUUGAUUCGCUCAAGUAACAGCUACCUGAGGACUAAAGUCUUUGAAAUCGAGCGAGGUAUUUGCCAGCUUUGCAAACAGAAUGCUCAAGAACUCUACCUUAACAUCAGAGAUGCUCCUAAAAGUCAGCGUAAGAAACUUCUGGAUAGUACUUGGAUGUCACAGCUUCCAUUACGACAGCUAAAUGAAAUUAUAACCAACCCAACAGAAGGCCAGUUCUGGCAGGUGGAUCAUAUCAAACCAGUUUACAGUGGAGGAGGACAGUGUUCUCUGGAAAACCUUCAGACUCUAUGCACAGUGUGUCACAAGGAGAGAACUGCAAAACAAGCCAAGGAAAGAAGCCAGAUAAAGAGACAUUCGUUAGCUUCAAAGUAUGGAAGUGACAUCACAAAAUUUUUUGUAAAGAUGUGAAGUAUAAAUAUGCUUAAGUAUAAAAAUUAAAGUUAUACAUAUGUAUAGUUUCAGUUGGACAUCGGUAUAAAAUUCUAUAUCUUACAGUCAAAACCAAAGGUUGAGGAAGAAUUUGUUGCUGUCCAUAACUGUAUCAGUACUUCAGAGGUCAUAGAACCGUGUCUGGUGUUAAUUUACUGUCAUAAAUUAUCUCAUUAUGUCAAGAGGUAAAGAUGCACUGGUAAAGUCCAAGCCUGGUCCUGGGUUUUGUUGUUUCAUCAAAUCUUUAUGCCAUUUCAGUAUAGACAUAUUUUAUAUGUUUUGUAUUUUUUAUUGUGCUGUUAAUUUUUGAAAAGUCUCUUCAAAUAGAUAAAAGUGCUGUAAUUAUCAUCAGCCUUGCAUUGUUUUGGCUUAAAUGGGUGGAGGGUAACAUCUCAUAAUCAAGGAAAUGUCUUUGCUGAAAGCAUCAUAAUUCAUCAACAUUGGUUCAGACAUUACGUUUAUAUAUAUCUUGCGAUGUCCGUUUUGGACUCCGUUGCUAAAUAAAGUUAUUCUUUUUACAGUAAGGAUUUUGAAAAUAAGAUGAAGUACAUAAUAAGUUUUGGCUUCUCACUAAAGCCAUUGCAAAUCAACUUCCUACUUCAGGUGCCAGCUUUGGAGCUCCUCUAAAGUUCUUUUUGAACUACAAAGAAUAUGGAAAUCUAAGGUAGAUGAAAUUGAGGGUGGCUAAAAACCCAUGCUGCUUCAAUUUCAUGCCAUUUUAUCUUCUUAAACUAUACAAAAUGGAAAUACAGGUACUCCUCACUUAACAACCUACCUGUUUAACGACCGCGCGGACUUACAGCCAGCGAGAACUAGUCGUAAGUACGAGAACUUUGGUCGUGGAAACGCCAGCGCGGCGGCUCAAGCCAAGGCACGCAGUAUCAAGGGGCGGCUCCUCGCUUAUCGACCAAUUCGCUUAACGACCUAGUUGCAGGAACGGAACUUGGUCGUUAAGUGAGGAGUGCCUGUAGUGGGUUUUUUUCAAACGGUUCACAUGUAGGUAUAAGUAAACUUAUGGUUGUAUUACCUAAACAUAUAAGGAGAUAUUGGAUUCUCAAGUGGAAACUAUUAGUGGUCCUGUGCAGUUUCCAGUAUGAAGGAUCUUACAAAAAGACUAUCUGUGAUUAAACAAAAGUUCUAAGAUGAGCAAUGCUAGCCUCAAUUUUUUGUAAAAUAUAAUGUGGCAAAUACAGGAGCUGUUUUGCUAGUAAAUAAAAAUUAGCUGAAUU